UCGGGAAGAAAAGAACGGGGACUUCGAAACAUGGUGCUUGAAAUGACAAGAAUAGUUGAGUCCGCCACUUCUUUACAGAGUGCUUCUAAAAUGAAAAGGUUGAUAAAAUUCCUAAGCACAUGCCUACUUGUGUUACCUCAUUUGACUUUAGUACAUGGGGAUAUUACAGAUGGCAACGCAGAACACUUAAAACGAGAACAUUCUCUCAUUAAACCGUACCAAGGUAUUGGAACCAGCCCGUCCAGUCAGUGGGAUUUCUGGGGUAGCACCUUGGUAACCAGCCAAUAUGUAAGAUUAACACCUGAUGAAAAAAGCAAACAAGGCUCCAUUUGGAACACUGUGCCAUGUUUUCAAAAAGACUGGGAAAUGCACGUGCAGUUCAAAGUUCAUGGUUCAGGGAAGAAGAAUCUCCAUGGUGAUGGCAUUGCCAUCUGGUACACAAAAGAAAGACUGCAUCCAGGCCCAGUCUUUGGAAACCAAGAUCAUUUUGUUGGCCUUGCUUUAUUUUUGGAUACCUUCCGCAAUGACCUCCAUGGAAUGGAUCGGUCUUUCCCUUACAUCUCAGCAAUGGUGAAUAAUGGUACCCAGCCAUACGACCAUGGAAAAGAUGGACGUAACUCAGAGCUAGGAGGCUGCUCGGCUGAAAUAAGGAACAAGGACCAUGACACAUAUCUGGCCAUCCGCUACUCCAAAGGCAGACUGACUGUGAUGGUGGAUGUUGAUGACAAGAAUGAGUGGAAAGAAUGCAUUGACAUAGGAGGUGUCCGUCUGCCAACUGGGUAUUACUUUGGGGCAUCUGCUGCCACAGGGGAUCUUUCAGACCAUCAUGACAUAAUCUCCAUGAAGAUGUAUCAGCUUAUGGUAGAACAUACUACUGAGGAAGAUAGUCUUGACUGGACAAAGAUUGAACCCAGUGUGAGCCUGCUGAAGUCCCCCAAAGACAACAUUGAUGAUCCAACCGGCAACUUUCGAAGCACACCUCUGACAGGCUGGAAGGUCUUCCUGCUUUUGCUAUGUGCACUUCUGGGAAUUGUAGUUUGUGCUGUUGUCGGAGCUGUUGUUUUUCAGAAGCGACAAGAAAGAAACAAAAGGUUUUACUGAAUAAAGAGCUAUUCUUUAUGUCAAUUUGGGAAGAAACCAACUAACUGAGUCAACAGAUUCAAUGUGAAUUUUGUAGAUAUGUUCAAUUGUUUAUAUCAUUGAAGCACUGCGAUAAAAACAAAUUAUAAUUAUUAUGAAAAGACCACCAGUGAUUCCUGCUUGUCUUGUAAAUGAGGGUCUUUGGAAUGUUUUUUUUAAUUUUUCUAUUCACUCACUCAGUUUUUUGGGUUUAUCAGAACAGGGCAGUACAUCACACAGAACUUUCCUUUAGUUUCGAAUACAACUCAAACUACAUUCAACAAAAUUAUUUUUAGACAGAUGUAAAAAGAUUUUAUUACCUCUCAAAUUUGACCAGUCUCUGAUGAAGUUUGUUUUCUAUGUGCUGAAUAUGCGUUUGCUUUUUAACCCUCGUGCUGCCUUCGGGUCACAUGACCCAAAGGGUAACGAACCAUCAUUGUGUUUACCCAAUUUUACCCAAUACAAAAACAAAUAAAAAUACUUUUCUUUUAACCUUCGCAAUGUGGGGGGUCUGAGACAGCCCGACGGUUAAAAGAAAAUGCUUCACUUUGUUUUUGUAUGCGGUAAAGUUGUCGCAAUACGACGGUGGGUCACAAUGACUGAUGGGUCAGAACGACCCGAGGAGAACACAAGGGUUAAAUUCAAAUUUGGGGAUUAAUCCAGGGUCAUUUACUUGUAACUUAUGCAGGUUUUGCCUUUUCAGGCUUCAAGCUUCUUUGCCGACUCAAAACAAAGACCCAUUUGGGCUUACAUGCUGCAGUAGAUAGCUGAGAAAUAUAUAUAAACAUAUCAGAAGUUACAUAAAGUGUAACUCAGCUUCUAGGAAGUGAGAUGUUGAUGAUGGCCAAAUUGGACUUUUUCUGUCUAGAUUUUUGGUUUAAGCAUGGUUGUAUUCAGAGUUACCAGGUGAUUUGGGGGGAUACAUUUACUAGACUUGUCUAGAUUUCUUCGUGGUGGGACUUCAUUAUUGUGCAUCAGAAGUUGUGCAGUUCUUUUUUUGUAGUAAUUUCCGAUCCAUGAUUUUAAAGUGGAAUGUGCAAAAAUAAAUGACCUUCUGUACAGCUGAGUCAACCAACGGAAUUGUUUUGUUGAUUUAAAAAAAAUAAACAACUCCACUGCUUUUU